GAAUUUUUAGCCGUGCAACAAUUGGAAAAUUACCAUAAAUAGUAGAAAUAUUUCAAGAAAUCAUAAGAAUAAUAAAAAUUGAAAUGACCAAAUUUGAAAAAAAAAAAAAAAAACACAGCUGUGUAAUUGUUAGGAUAGGUAUGCAGUAAAUAACAAAGUCAAAAGGUAUAUAAAUUAUUUUUGAAAUAUUGUAUUACAGUCAGGUUUUUUUUUUUACGCGGGGGAUACGUACCGCGUAAAAAAAACUCAGUUCAAAAUUCAAAAAACCGCGUAAAAAAAGUCUCACCAUUUCUCGACGAAUCAUGCAAAAAUAAGACGAUGAUUUUUUUUUGUAUGGAGUUUUCAUUUACGCGGCCGCGUAAAUGAAAACCGCGUAAAAAAAGACCUGACUGUACAUACACUUUACCAGAUAAGUUGGCAUUUGUGUUCAGCAUAUAAAAUAUACUAUGUUAUUUAUUGGUGGAAAUUGUCCAAAAUAAGAUCCCCUGUACAAAUGGUUCAGCACUGCAUGUUUUACUUUUUUAUCUUAAGGACAAACGUCUUGAAAUCCCACUUCAACAGUGCAUUAGAACUUCAGACGCACAAAUCUCAAGAAGCAAGUUUCAAACAACAGUGAAUUGCAUUAUUUUGUUCUUGCUCACUUGUAAUAAGCUUAAAAUAAGAAGAUCAGGUGUGCUGGUUUUGUUUACAAAGAGAUUUGUUCGCUCGAAAUCGCGAGUAGGUGCCAAAGUCGGCCAUUGUGGCGGCAAUUUUGUGAUUCUAACAAGUCUGUCCUUAAGUGACAAAAAGUUUCAAUUGCUUUGGAAAAUCUACAACUGAAGGAUAUAAGAAUCCCUAGUCAUAUAUGUAUCAUCAGACCCCGAGACAUGAUAAGUUGAUAUUCAUGUAGCAUGUACAUUCCAUUGAGAACCACUGCUGCUAGCCAGCCGCGGUAAACUACGGUCACAAGAACUGCAUUAAAACAUUCUUCCAACAAGCUAUUCCACAAACUUACCGCGCUCCAGAGGAUAUUCAUACCGAAGAACUAACUCACUAGCCGGUGGUGGUGUGGUGAUGAUUGAAGCAUAAUGAGUGUUGGUUGACGACUCUCACUCGUGUUCAAGACGAAGAACUCCGCGGAUGUUGUAGUCGUCGUCGUCGUCAUCGUGGAUCGUAAAUGACCACAUGCGCGCGCGCGCUCCCCCGUGUGGAAAAUCAUUCAUCCAUCCGUCCGUCCAUCCGUCCCGUCCCGUGUAUGUCGCGUCAGUUUAACGCCCCGCGUCCUCCGGUUGUUAUUGUAACUUGAAACACCCCGAACGGAAAAACGCCAUUCACGCGGCUGUAGAUGAUGUGUGUCAGUCUUGCUGAGGCUGACCGCAGAAUUCUCUAUCUUAAUUUGCGAGUUGUGCUACCUGUGAGGCGGCGGCGGGAAAGGCGUGAACGAAACCGAUGGCGAUGUGAUUAUUAGCUUGGAUCGAACUCCGCACCGGAAAGUGUGCGAUUUGAAGUGACGAACUCAUAGAGACCAUCAACAACAAUCACUACUACGACUGGCUCUCUCUCGAGUCUCGAAUGGUCACAAAGUGGUCAUCAUGUGGUACCGGAUGGGAAACGUUUUUUUUUUCUUUUGUUUGGAGAUCUCAGCUAAUUGGGUGGAACUAACCGGGCACCGUUCGACGGCUUAGACAGACGGAUGAUGGUGGUGGCGUACGUGUGUAUCUAGCGGUUCUCCAGUACCGAGGUUCUUGAAGCGAAACGCAACAUACCACCGGUGAUCUAGAAGGGCGAUCUGUAGCCCUCUUGGACAGAACAGUACCACAAGCAGCUAAUUUUGUGCGCAGGCAGGACCAACAAGUACAAUUUCCCGAUGCAUUUCAGCUGGGCUACUGCCGCCCCCCAUGUGUGUAUCAUAAAUCCGACUGACACAUGCGGCCCCAUAUGCUUAGCCCCGUUGACCACCGUUUGCCCGCAGCCAAUCGAAAGUGAAAAUGUUUGUUGAACAAAGCGAAAAUGUUGUAACCUUACCGGCUGUGGCAGUGGCGGCGACGAUGGCGGCUACAAUAAGCUCCACGGAUCAACUCUAAGUGCCCAGCCAGCAGCAACAUGACGUGCACGGAAGACUGCACCUGCAGUCUCUGUCGGGAGCUACGCGGAUACAAACUAAAAGUAAAACCUGCCGGCAAGACGGACAGGUCUGCCGGCAGUGCCGAAGGGUCUUCGGUUGCCGGAAAACCCCCUCCGCAAGGAUCCAAAUAUUGCAAGAACAACAAACUCAAUCGUAACGACAACUUCAUCCUCAAGCGCCGCAUGUCCUCGGACUGCAACAAAGAUGGCCGCCAUGGUGCUUCCGCGACACCAUCGGCGGGUGCAUCUACGACGGAAAUUAACUACGAAUUCCCGGAACAAGCCGCCAUCACAUCGCGGCAGCUCAACCGGAUGAAGAAAGCCCAAAGCUAUAACGAGAUCUCCUGCUUUGCAAAGAUCAACAGAAACCGCUACAGCGGAGGCGUGAUCGAACCAAAGAUGAUCAAAAGCACUACCAACCUUACCGAGGAAGAUGACUACUUCAGCUAUCUACCACCUUCUCCCCCUCCAUCCAUCUCAGCCUCCGCUCAAAACAUCAAGAACAAAAUAGAAAAACAGAAAGAUCACAAAGUGAUCAUCUAUUUCGGUGACAGCAUAGCUCAUAAGAAACCCGAAAAGCCCAAACCUCCUCCCUCGACACCUCCUCCACCAAAGUCCACAGAACUGAACGUCUUCCACGCACAACGACUCUGCGAAGAAACUGCAGAAAUGCACUUCAAACGACAAAACUCAAUCGUCAUCAAGCCAAAGCGUAAAGAUACCUCAGAACAAGCCAAACCUGGGAAGGAAUUCUUGCAACAGCUCAAAUCUGUACUGGAAGAGAAAAAUAAGACUUCAGGUUCUCCGGGGGCACCCACCGCGGACCCCAUGGGACCGGGCUGUUCGGCAACUGUAGUCAUAACACAAAAGAAAGCCCCUGCCGUCUCAAACGAGACCCACAAACCGCCCAUAAUUGUUGCCGAACAGCCACAGCAACCGAAGCACACCCAAGUGGUGGAGAUCGGACGGCUGGACAAAACGGUUGCUACCGAGGACGGCAACAAAUCACUACUGCCAUCGUUCGUUGAAAGCGUCUUCAACGGGGUCAUCAACAUCAAGAUCGAAGAAAGCUUCAAAGUCGCCACGGAUAUCGUUCAUGCCGUGUUUCACAACGAUCCCGGCGAAGAAGGGUAUGGCUGCAACGAUGACGAAGUCGGAGAUCCCUUCGAUUGGAGCUUCGUGCAGAACUGGCGGGCACGACCGUCCGGAACCGUUGCCAAUGGACAUGUCAAUACUCCGUCCAACAACAGCAACUCUACAUCGGGGGUCAACAGCUCCAGCAGUAACCUCCACAAUGGUUCCAACGGGCUUUCGCCAGGUAAUCACUAUAUCGCAUCUUCAAACCCCGUCACAAAUGGACCGCGGAUCCAAAGCCCUGCGGUGGCCACUCCAGCACCACGAGUUCCCAAGGAGAUUGCCGUCCGUCCACCGAACGGCAACCAGAUGGACCCUCGAAACUACAAUCUAUCACCUGUUCAAAGCUUACAACAAAGCGGAGACACCACAGGUUCGAGCGCUGCCAGUCACGGUAGCAAUCACAAUCUCACCUACAACGCGUCGGCCAUGAUCCCCGAGCGGGACGUAGGACCCACCAAAUUCAGCAACGGAAAUUCCAAGCAACAACAUCAUUCCCCUCCACACGGCCUUCAUCAGCAGUUGAACGGGUCUCAUCACGCAGCAAUUCCACAGCAGCAAGGUCCCCACCGGUCUGUAUCAGGUCCCACCAAACUAACCGUUCAAAGCUCCCCGGUCAAAUCCCAACCGGCCAUGAUCAGCUCCGGCCUGGACAAAUCCAACCUCCAGCACAGUGCCAAUGGCUACAACGCCAAACGACUCAACUCAAGUGGUCUUACCAAUAGCAACGAUAACCUUAUCAACUCUCCAACUUCCUCCACGGAACCCCUGAACGCCAGCAGCAACAGCUCCAGCAAUGCCAGCAGUGUUAGCCAUCUCAAGCAACACUUCGCCCAAAACCAUCACGCCAUGCCGGCUUACCACCAUCAACAAUCGCAGCCCAAUUCCCUCGGUGGUCCACCGCAAAAGUCCUUGGGGAUAACGCGAACUCAUCAUCAUACGGGAACGCAUGACUUCCGUGGACUACAGCGAGUCAACGAAUGCCACAGUUCAUCGGAUGAAAAUCGCUCCUCAGGGCAUGCUUCCAUGUCCGAUACCGGGCAUGGUAGCAGCUCUCCCGGAGGUAACCGAACGAACGGACCUCUGGGUCCACUCCCGGAAGAUCGCUUGGCUGCAGGCGUCACGAACCGAAGCGCUCGAUCCAGAGCCAGUACCAAUCAUUCUCGGUCACGGCAUAGAGCCACACCUGCCAAAAUUCCAUGGGGAGGCGGAGGGCUUGAAGAUAUCAAGCUUGCUAUUCAGCAGCUUACAAUGCGCUCCCAUACCAGCACUUCAACCUAUAGCAGUCUAAGUGCUGGAUCGGAGAGUUCCGAGCCAGAGCGAAGACUUGGAAGGUACAGCUCUCUGGAAACUGUAAAUACCAAUGUAACUAGUGCCGAUGAGUUCGUCUGGGUAGAUUCACACAACCGUUUGGUGGAACUUCAACAUCCUCCAUGGAGUCAGCACUGUGUUCUACGAGUGUUAAGGUCCGGUCGUUGUAGGGAACACUCUGAAAGAGUGUCUGUUGAAGCAGUCCCCAGAUUGGGAUACCUUCUUCAGAGAGCUUUGGUUCGAGUUGCACGUGAGGUACAACGACUUUCGGGCAGUUUGGGUCUGUGCUCGAAGCACGAAGUCUCGGGAGCGUUCAAAAUAGUCCUAUCUCCUGCUCUGGCUGAUUCCUGCAUCAAAGCUUGCCUUCGUGCAGCGGCAAUGUUUGCUGUUCCUGGAGAUAGUGCCCUGAAGCAAAGUAAAUCUGCUCGGGCCGGUCUUCAGCUUCCGGUUGGGAGAUUCCAUCGUUGGAUGGCCGAUGCCAGACUGGGAAGAUUCGUGCAUGAGUACGCUGCAGUCUACCUUUGCGCAGGUUUAGAGAACCUACUGGAGGAGAUAUUCCUACAGUGUCUCCCUACGGAUCCGACAGCUACGCUCACAGCAAGUGGACUGGAACAUGCCAUUGCAAAUUCUGGGGACCUGUGGGGUCUUCUCCAGCCUUACGCGCAUCUGAAUGCAGGCCGAGUCGCUUCGGGAGCGCUUACCAUGCCACGUUGGGCUAGUCAAUCAUCGAUCAACUCCAACAAUCAAAGCCCUGCGCUAGAACCAUGUUUAUUAACUACCUGCGUGGGAAGUCUUAACGAACUCAAGGAUUUGGCUCAGCGAGCUCAGCUGAGAAGUCAACAUAUCACGAUGUCACAGUCGGCCUUACGAGUGUUGUUCUACUUUAUGCGCUGUUCACAGCUCGAGCACAAUGAUAUCGGAGUUGCCACCAAUGGCGGUGGAACCAACAUACAGGAGCUUUGUUAUGAACGAGCUUACGUUGUUCUACCUCCUCUCGUCGAGUGGCUCCGGGUUUCGUCUGCUCAUGCCGAGUACCGUCAUGCACUGCUCAUUGAUAAAGAUGACAUAAUGCAAGCCGCUCGUCUGCUACUACCCGGAGUGGAUUGUCCGCCUAGGUUAACCAUCUCCGAAGAAGAGUUACCCUCUAAGAGACUUACACUGUCCAGCCAAAGCAUAGCGUCGUCGAACCACUCCGGUCAAACGCAACCUCUGCAUGGAUCACUGUCAUCUAAUUCGUCUGCUUCAACUUCUAGCAGUAAUAUUGAGGAUUCAAGCGAAUGUGGACGCCGAGCAACGUACGCCUUGGCCUUCCGUUUAAUGCUAACCGGUCGCGCAGAACUUCUGAUUCAGGCUCUUUCACUGGUACCUCCAACCACUCGGUACGACACUUUGAACCAUCAAGGUCUGACCGCUCUGAUGGUCGCUGCAGUCCGUAACGACGAUGGUGCCAUCCAAACUUUGCUGGAUGCUGGCGCUGAUCCGAACAUUGAAGUACCUGCUGUGGGAUAUCCAAACUGCCCGGCCAUUCAUCCGGAAACUCAACACUGGACGGCGUUAACCUUCGCUGCGUGCAAAGGAAACUACCAAGCUCUUCGGACACUGCUGGAACGAGGUGCCCACGUGGAAGGUGGCGCCCGACUGAGUGAGGACAAAUGUACUUUAACUCCACUGCAAGUUGCCAGCGGUGGAGGUGUCGUUGAAGUCGUGUCUUUGCUUCUUGCUCACGGAGCACAUGCUUUCCUCUCCACGCAGCUUAAGGACUCACUGAGUUUCUCCGGAAGCGCUCAGAGAGGUUGCUAUAGUGCUAUAUCUGUAGCCGCAGCUCACGGUCAACGGGUAUCCUUGCGGAAACUGCUGUCACACCCACUGGCUCCAGGAAGCCGUGAAGUUCUCUCACUGGAGGAAAUGCUUGCGGAAGGUGACAGCACAAGCCGUACUCAGCUGGAUCGGCAAACGGAGGUUCCUCCAACUUUGAACAAAACUCAAAUCAAAAGUCUUCAAGAGGCCAUGUAUCAUAGUGCAGAGAAUAACCAUCUAGAUAUUGUAGAUAUAACCAUUGAGUUGCGUGCUCUUGGAGUUCCCUGGACACUUCACUGUUGGAUGCACGCAUUGGCGGCUGCCCAUGAGCUACGAUUGGAUGCUGUAAUCGAUCAGUUAUUGCAAGACUUCCUGCAAGUCUGUCCCGACGACUACAGUCAGCAGUUCGUGACCGAAUGUCUGCCGCUUUUGUUCAACAUAUUCCGCUAUAGUAAAAAGGAAGGAACCACCUUACUGUUGGCAGACAUCUUCAGCACCUGCUUUGGUUGGGAACCGAUCAAACCGAUAAAGGAACCUGUACUGUUACCGUCUAACGGGUCCAGGAUCGAUCCAAAAUUCGUCAACAAUCCAGAACUCAGCGAUGUGACAUUCAGAGUCGAAAAUCGUAUCUUCUACGGACACAAGAUCGUACUGGUAACUGCUUCACCACGUCUCCAGAGCAUGCUGAGCUCCAAGUUAAACGAAGGAACCGGUACUCCAACUGUCCAGAUCAACGACAUCCGCUACCAUAUAUUCGAGUUGGUUAUGCAAUUCUUGUAUAGUGGAGGAUGUAACACCCUGGACGUAGCUACCGGAGAUGUUCUGGAGCUGAUGGCGGCAGCCAGUUUCUUCCAGUUGGAAGGUCUACUGCGGUACACCGAAGCCCGUUGUGCCGAAAUGAUCGACAUCGAUAACGUGGUCGCCAUGUACAUUCACGCAAAGGUUUACAAUGCCCAGAAGCUGAUGGAGUACUGCCAGGGUUUCCUGCUGCAGAACAUGGUCGCUCUGCUGACGUAUGACGAUUCCGUCAAGCGGUUGUUGUUCGCCAAAAAGAUACCCAACCACGACGUACUGAAUGGGCUGCUAACAACGCUGCAGAUUCGGAUCAAAGCCCGCCGAAGUGGGGCCAAUGCUCCGCCCCCGAUGGCGGUGAACGCAAUGAGACCUGCGUCAAACAAUAAAGCUAAAUAAAUUUGCUAUGUUGACUUUUGUAUCUGUUUUUAACUAUAACUAACAUUGUCAAUGUUAUGUGUAAUAUCUAAUUGAUUUUUCUAAUAUGUAUAUGUACAACUCUUUACAGUUGAUUAGCCAUUUAGAAGUAUGUUGAGCGAUAUUUAUAUAAAACACAUUUUAAAGAAUACCUGUAUAUUUUGUUACACAUGAACUACAAUAAGUUAAGUAACAAUUUAGUUACACAAAGCAACUGUUGUAUUUUAAAAACUUAUGCUAGAGACAUUUUACAAAACAUUUACCGACAACUUGGAAUAGUUUUUUUUACAUUGGAACCUAUCAUAACACAAUAAACAAUCACUAUUAAUCACACAACGACGGCUGUCGUAUAAAAAUUAUUUGAGAAACAUCCUUGUUUGUUCCCUCCCCGAGCAGGAACGAAUAACUGCCACAUAACUACAGCAU